ACACGUACACAUGGAGGUAAACUGUGCCGUCGUACAAAUCACGCUCAUCCUCGUCGAGAAAUGAAGAAAUAAAUGCGCUGCUCUCCGCUUCCAAAUCCUCAAUUCCUUUACUCUAGGGUUUCCUCCUCAUCUUCUGCUUCAUUUGCAUCUCAACUUUAGCGGUUUCCCUUAGACAUGAACUAAGUUUGGAGAUUCGUUGGGCAGGGGGUUGCUGCUUUCGGGAGCUGGGGCUUGUUUUGGAUUCUUUUCUUCCUAGAAAAAGAUAUUGUUAAGAUAUUUCCUUGAAGGUUUACUUGGUGAUCUCUAACAUGAGUCUGAAUAGAAGCCAAAGCCCAGAACGAGGCAAGAGGUUCCGCAGCAGUGAAUGCGCAUCUUACCGGGAUGCCCCAUAUCCUAGAGAGCGCCGCAGUCAUCGGCAAGAUUAUCUUUGCAAUAAAUGUAAACGGCCAGGGCAUUUUGCCAGGGAUUGUUCGAAUAUAACUGUCUGCAACAACUGUGGACUUCCUGGCCACCUUGCUGCUGAAUGCAACUCAAUAACUAUGUGCUGGAACUGUAAGGAGCCUGGGCAUCUUGCAAGCCAAUGCUCAAAUGAUCCAGUCUGUCAUAUGUGUGGUAAGAUAGGGCACCUGGCUCGGGAUUGCGCGAACCCUAGUCUUCCAGCCCAUGAUGCCAGACUCUGCAACAACUGUUACAAGCCAGGUCAUAUUGCAGUGGAUUGCACAAAUGAGAAGGCUUGUAACAAUUGUCGGAAACCUGGUCACCUUGCUCGCAACUGCCCCAACGAACCUGUUUGUCACACCUGCAACAUAGCAGGUCACAUUGCCCGCCAGUGCGCCAAGUCAAACCGGGCAUCAGACAUUGGAGGCCCUUUCCACGACAUUAUGUGCUGUAAUUGUGGGCUGCCAGGCCAUGCGAUCCGAGAGUGCGUAUCCAUUGUCAUCUGCAACAACUGUGGUGGAAGGGGUCAUCAAGCUUAUGAGUGCCCUUCUUCUGCCUUGAUAUGUGGUCGUCAUGGCAUCCGUAAGUAUUGACCACCUAAUGGGUAGAGGUCUCAUUUGUAGGAUUUGCUUCUCAAGUUGUGCUACAGCAAUUAUGGAUCUAUCUAUAUUCUAAAUUUCAGCCA